AUGAUCUCUUGUCCCACGUAUGCUUUAUGUACUAUUGUCCGUCGGCUUAUAAAAGAUUAUCGCAAUUGCCGAAGUGGAUUUCCAGAUCUAACUGUUUGGAAUGAUGAAAAGAAACUUUUAGCUGUUGUUGAAGUUAAAGGUCCAGGAGAUAAGUUAUCGACAAAACAACGUCUAUGGUUAAAUUUUUUCAAAAAUCAGAAUAUAGUCGCUCAUGUUUGUCAUGUUACUGGUAGAGUAAAUUAG